CACCACACCCAGUAACCCAGUCACACGGCUCACAUCACUGACGUGAUUUCUCUCUCCUCCCAUUCACUCCCCCUCACUUCACUGCCGCUACCCCCGUCACCACCACCACCGCGACCGCCGCCAACCACAAAUCGAAACUUUCUAGGGUUUUAACUUUUAAGCAUGGAAAUGCCGAUGAAGUAUUGCGAUAGUCAAGAAGACAGGAUAAGCAAUCUGCCGGAUAACGUUCUGGUCUCAAUAAUCUCUCUCCUCCCGGUCGAUUCCGCCGCCCGUACCUCGAUCUUAUCCAACCGGUGGAAACCGCUUUGGACCCAGAUUACUCAGCUUUCUUUCCCACCACCGCCUCCAUCGCACGACGUUUUAAGGUACGACGAUUUUAGGUAUUACGUCAAAACCCUAAAUCACAUUUUCUUACAACUGGUCUCUCCCAAGAUUCACAUCUUCAAGCUUGAUUUCUCACAUAAACUGUCGAAAUUCUUGAAUAAAGCUACAGAUGGAACCUUAUUCCAGUUUUUGAGUCCAUGGAUUAGUGACAUUUGUUUCAAGAAUCCUGAGGUUAUUCAAGUAACUUUCCAGCUUUCCCCUCUCAAACAAACCGAGUUAAUUCCUGUUCCUAGUUGUUUACUUGAAACUCAAUCACUUGAGAUUGUUGAAUUGCAUCCGGAAUUCAACUUCAAUCGAAAUUUACAGAUUGAUGUUGGAUUAUCAUUAAUAUAUCUCCCUAAGUUGAAGAAAAUGACCUUGUCCCUCAACGAUUCUCACUGUGCUAUGAUAACUUCCCCUCUGUUUAAGUCUUGCCCUUUGCUGGAAAAUCUGAGUGUCUGCAUAAAUUUAAAUGAGGCUCAUGACGCUAUUGAUAUAUCGGCCCCGGGUUUAAAGAGUUUAGUCAUAGAAAUUAUAGAAAAAAGCAUAGAGGUGACCGGAAGUUGCAAAUUUUUGAUUGAUUCCCCUAUGUUAGAGUAUUUCGAAAUUCGAGGUGCAUUGCGCUUUUUUCACUUUGGUAGUGCAAUGUAUAAUUUAACCCAAGUGAGAAUUUCAAUCGAUGAAGAUUAUUUCUGUUGUGAGGAAUAUAAUUAUAUUUCUCAUAUAUUGGGGUUAUUUGAAGGGAUUUCUUGGGCUAAAUCUCUCGUUUUGGAAGACACUGGUUCUCACUUAUUCUACUAUGUCCAUCAGCCGCUAAUAUUUCAUAAUUUGUCUCACCUUAGUUUUUCCUCGGAUAAUGGUGACGGGUUAGGUUGCAAACAAUUCCCUAGUGGUUUGUUAAGCAAUGUUAGGAGAGUAGAAUUCCACGAGGUAGUCGGGGACCGGUCUGAGGUUGGUUUGAUUGAAUAUAUUUUGGGCAAUUCUCCAAGUUUGGAAGAGUUUGAGAUUGUUAUGCACCCCGAGUUCGAGGAUAAUGAGGAAACAGACCAGUUACGGUAUGAGUUUGAUUUAUGCAUUGAGGUAUUUGGUUUUCCAAAUAUUUCAAAAUGUAUUGUUAAAUUUUCUGGGCGCUUGAUUACAACUACAAGCAACAAUUUCAAAGAUGGGGUUCUUUCUUGCCAAAUAAAAGCCGAUUGACAUCCAUCAUUCAGGUGAUUGGUUUUCCAUUUAUCAAUCAAAAAGCUUAAACUGGGGUUGGAAGCAUGUGAAAGGACAGAAACAACAUUCUUGCUAGUAAGAUUGGAGUACAACGGUUGGUUUAGAAGAUGUAUGUCGAGGCUCAAACUACACUUUCAAGAACUGGUUAUUCUAUGCUUAUAGUAAAUCAUACUCUGUAACAAAGAGUGUUGGGUCUUUAUACGCUUCAAAUCUUUGUUAGUUUCAGGAUAUUUCAUAAUGUUGUCUUUCACGGAUAAUUUGCAGGAACCAUCCUUUAUUAUUAUGGCUAAUUGUUGAGUGUUUCCUAUAA